AGUUUAUAAGCAUGAAUCAGGAGAUCUUAUUUCACCCUAAAGAAGCACCAGAUUCUUCAACCCAAAGGGAUUAUGAUGGAUCAGGUGCCCACGAGCAGGAUGAAGACUUACAGAUUGAAGACUACUUCGCACUGAAUUCCAUUGAGUCUUUUGAUGAUAAUAAUUAUGUCAAGGAAGAGCCUGUUGAACAAAAGGAAAUCACUGAGAUUUCUAUAAAACACAGAAGAAUCAGCUCAAAUGCUACUAAAAAGAAGCGGGUUUUUAGUCCCAAAAAUGUAAUUGAAAAAGCUGCUAAGAAGUUAAAGAGAAUUAAGCCUUCAAUACAAAAGAAAUGAGGGGAUAAAAAACUAAGAGUUAAACUCCUAAAUCAGAAAAAGGGGAGGAAGAAGGAUACCUUCAGCCCAGAUCCGAGGCCAAGGAACCAAAUUUCUGGGUGUGGAAAUAAGCCAUUAGUCAAGGACCUGACUUCUGUAUUAAGCCUUAAGAAUAUUUAUACAAAAGGCCAGCAGUUUAAUGAAAAUGAUCGAAUUAUGAAAAAUUUGAAGCUUGAAAAAGACGGUUUAAAAGCCUAUAUUCUGAACAAACUUAAGCUAAGAAAGCUAGAGAAUACUGUGGAUAAAGGUAACAUUCAGAAUACUCCAAACCCUCAGAAGCAAUCUAUUACAUUAAAGGAAAUUACCCAAAGGCUUGUUCAGCAGAGUAAGGGACAGAAUUUGGCUUCUCAUAACAAGCCAUCUCUUCCAGCACAUUUAGUCAAGGGGCUCUCAAAAAGAGCAAAGAAAAUGAUCGAAGCUUACCAGAUUAAGAUCAAAUAAGGCGGUGGGAGGUAGAAAACUCAGUUGAAUUGAGAGUAAUAAAGCCAGCCAUCCUUCCGAACCCGAUAUAAAUUUCAGCACGAAGACUAAUACAUUUUAUGAUGAUAAGACUGACCAGAUCAAGGAUAUCAAGAGCAGGAAGAAGUUCCAGGCUAAUUUCUCACCUGUCUGAAGGACUAUUAUCCCUUUACAUGUGACUAAUGAUACAUUAGAGAUGAUUAGCAAUGACCAAGAGGAGCAGGAAAUUGUAAGAAGAGACAUUUCGCUUGGAGUAAGGAAUCCAAGUAAUCCAAAUGGAAACCUCAUGGAGAUAACACUGGAGAGGAUCACUUCUCCGCAUGAAAGAGUGACUAGCCCAAUGUCUAAAGGUACAUUGGCGCAUCUCUUUACCCCAAAGAGAGGUCUUGAGUUAUAAAAGCUACUUAGAUUUUCCAUUUC